AUGGCCAAGAUAUCCCGAAUCCAGCGGCUUAGCGCUGUCAUCGGGAUCUCGUUCUGCUUCUUCAUCGCUGAGAUCUCCGUCGGCUUCUAUACACAUUCACUCGCUCUGGUCGCAGAUGCCUUUCAUUAUCUAAAUGACCUGGUUGGCUUCAUAAUUGCCCUUAUCGCUGCAAUCGUGGCCGAAAAAAGCACUCCUCCAAAAGCCCUCACAUUUGGCUGGCAGCGAAUCCAACUCUUGGGUGCUUUCUUCAAUGGAGUCCUGCUAUUUGGGUUGGGGAUCAGCGUUUUCCUGCAAUCCCUUGAGCGCUUUAUUACCCUACAGAAGGUCGAGCAGCCAAAACUUGUUCUGGUCAUGGGCUGCGUAGGUUUUGGCCUCAAUCUCAUCAGCGUAUUGUUCUUGCACGAUCACGACCACGGACAUGACCAUGGUAGCGGGCAUGGGCACGACCAUGGACAUGAGCACGAUCAUGGGCACGACCAUGGCCAUGACCAUGGCCAUGACCACACGCACGAUACCCACGAGCGUUCUACUGACGAGGACUCUGCGGCGAUAGGUCUUGUAGAUGGAAAGCAUAUCCAUCACAAACAUUAUAUCAAGCAAAGUGCUUCAAGCAAGCCCCAUCGGGAUCUAGCUAUGAUGGGCGUUUUGAUACAUGUUAUCGGCGACUGCGCAAAUAAUCUUGGUGUCAUUAUCGCCGCAGCGGUCAUUUGGUUCGCUAACUACGGCGGAAGAUACUACGCGGACCCUGCGGUCAGUAUGGGUAUCGCAAUUAUGAUAUUUCUUUCCUCCAUCCCUCUGAUCAAAUCUUCCGGUCUCAUCCUCCUACAAAGCGCCCCGCAAGGAGUUGACCAUGACGAUGUCAAGCACGAUCUAAAAAAGAUUCCGGGUGUUCUUGCAAUUCACGAACUUCACAUCUGGCGUCUGAACCAGACCAAGUCGCUCGCUUCGGCGCACCUCGUCAUUGAUGGCGAUAUUACGACUGAUUUCGACAGUCUGGCCAAGACUAUUCGAGAAUGUUUCCAUGCAUAUGGCAUUCACUCUGUCACUCUACAGCCAGAGAUCAAUACUAGCUUGAAACCAAGCACAGCCGCAUCAGGACACAGCACCAGUAUCGACGCUGGUAAUGAGUCUGGGGACAACGCUAGACGCCGGCAAAGUCUUGAGAGAGCGAUGAAUCAGUGUCAGAUAGGAUGUGGCAAUUUGUGCCUGGACCUGACUUGUUGCCGUUGA